UUUGCACUGUUUGAUAAUUAUUAAUGGCUAACAAGAAAUACACGCGGCUAUCCGACACUACGUUCCGGUUAUCGCAGCACCCGCCAACCAGCCAGCGGACGCGUAAGUGUGAGGACCUGCGACUUCACGUCAGGCACUUAGAAAUUCCACCAGCUAAAUGAGCUGUUACCUUCUUGUAGCACGGCGGAAGAUAGGCAGCCGCACAGAGUCAAUUGAAGACGACGAGAUGACAGGGCAUUUGGCAGCGUCGGAGACACGGGGGCUGCUUCCUGAGAGCAUCGAGACGGCGAGUGAGAAGUACAACAGCGAGUCAGUCGAUUCAUUUGGGUCGCAGAUGAGCCAGUCGAGCUCGUUUGUGAGCAUGGGCACGCCACCAUCAAGCAUGCGGCCCAAGGUCGGGGCAUCGGCAGCACUACAGCACACGCCGCCAGCACGGGUGCCGUUAUCGGCGGUUUCCGGGAGAGCAUUCAGCACGCCGCCGCAGCAGAGCCGCGGGAUGCUAGCGAUGACACCCCUGUCGCAGUGGUCGUCGCUGACGCCAUCGCAGCCCACAUCGACAUGGCGGCCGGUGACUCUGGCGCUGCAUUCCAGUCUACUGACACCCAAAAGCGCACCGGAGCGGCGCACGCUGACCAGCCAGCGGCCGGCAGCAGUGCCACAGACAGCAAGCAUCCUGCGGCUGCAGGAUCUGCCAGGGCCGUCUGGGAGAGGAGGUACAGACGCCGACGAAGCGCAUAAGGCGGGAUACGCGGGCUAUGGCCAAAAUGCAGUCGGCAGUGGGCUUGUGCAAUUCAGAGUUCUGCAUGUGGUGGCAUCGGCUGACGUCGGGGGACGGCAUGAGCGCGUUGCUGGGGCAGCGGCCGCAGGCAGAGCUGCGGGUGCGGGUGGGCCGGACCCAGGUACUAAUGCCGCACUUGGUGUGUGCGGGGGCGGAGGUGCUGGAGUGCCGGGACGGGCGGGUCGCGCAAGGGCAGCGGAUCCAUGUGCUGUUGUCGUUUGCAGUGUGUUUGGAUGCGGUGCCACAGGUGGGCGCGCGGAUGCUGGCGCGGCUGAAGGGACUGGCGGCAGAUCCGGAGGAUGCGCUAGCAGACGAGUACGUGGAUGUGGCGGUGUUUGCCCCGUGGACGGUUGAGGGAAGCGGGGCGCGGCAGAGCCUGUUUGCGUCGCGCUUCCAGGUAAUGGCAUAGCAAAAUCAAAGCAAUCAAAUCACUGAUUUGGGGCCUUUACAGCUGGCCAGAGCGCAGCUGACACAAGCAGCGGCUCUAUCUUUUCUUGAAGACUAUUGUAAUUCUCGCAACUUGCAUUUGACAAUGUUCCGCUCGGUUCAACGCAUUGGCCUCCCCGUGGGGCGGCAGACAGCAGCGCGCUGGUACAGUGCACCGACAGUGACGAUCAACGCGCGCCUGAAGGCGGAUCUGAAGCUGUCGAUGCGGGCCAAGGAGAAGCAGCGCACGACGGUGAUCAAGGGCGUGCUGUCAGACAUCCUGUAUGCGGAGAAGAACCCGCAGUCGCAGACGUUCUCGCGGGACUCGGACGAGGACGUGGCAUUGCUG